AUGCCUGUUCCCGCCUUGGGCUUCCAGGCCCUCGUCCUGUGUGGACCUGGUGUUUCGCUCACGCUCGCUUCCAAGCCAGAAGAACUACCAAAGGCUCUCAUUAAUGUCGCCAAUCGCCCCCUAGUAUUCUAUGUUUUGGAUUGGCUGAAGAGAUCUGGUGUCUCCGAUAUCACCUUGAUCACACCUCCCUCCGCCGCUCCUCCCCUCCAAGCUGCCCUCAAACAAAACCAAUACCUAACUUCCCUCCCCUCGCCAACCCCAACGGUCCUCGCUCCCAAGGAUCUAGAAUUGGUCACCGGUACCGCCGAGCUGCUCCGUCUCCCUGAAGUUCAAAGCUGCAUUAAAACCGACUUCCUCCUCCUUCCCUGCGAUCUGAUCUGCGAAAUUCCCGGCGAAGCCCUACUCGAAUCAUGGAUGGUAUCACAGAGUGCACUCGGUGGUUCUUCUACACGAGAAGGACGCCAUGCUGAUGGCCCUGUUUCCGGCCCUGGGGGUAGAGAGGAGAGUGUCAAGGGCGAAGCCACUGAUUUUGUGGCCGUCUCUCCGCUUGGUACGGAUGAUGCGCCGGCUGUCAAUGGACCUCGAAUCCAGCUUGAUCAGCUUGUCAUGUCUAUGCCGAUGGAUACCGUGAAGGAGAAGAUGGAAAAUGACAAAGGCUUCCUGGUCCGCCAUUCACUCGUGGAGAAGCAUGCCCAGGUCAAGAUGCUUUCGACCUAUCGGGAUGCUCACCUGUACGUUUUCCCUUACUGGGUCAAGGAUCUUGCACGCCAUCAAGAAAAGUUCCAGUCCGUCAGUGAGGAUCUGAUCGGCUACUGGGCCAAGGCUGAAUGGCAGCGAGGACUGGCGGAAAAGAUCGGAAUUAACAAAGUCCUGGCUCCCAAGGCCGAUAAUGCGGAGGAAAAUGGAAGCAACGACGGUGAAUCUCUAGAGGAAGAGAUUGAUCUCCAAGCCAUGAGCACUACCAAGAGUGGUUCAACUGUGACUCCCCCUCUUGCUCAGCAUGAGCUUCCGUCGCCCACUUUCGCCUCGCGGGUGAAGGCCCCGUCUAAUAACGAUACUGAAGAAGAGAGCAAGAUCCCACCAAUUCUCGCCUACGUGCAAAAGGGCUCCGCACCUUUUGUCCGCCGUGUUGACAGCUCCGCAAUCCUGCUGUCUACCUCUCUUCGUCUUGCCAAGUUACCUUCCAUCGACGAGGUUGGCCGUCACGCCGCCUCCCCUCUCGCACAUAGCAAGAAGAUCGCCUAUCCGGAGGGUGUGCCUAAGCGUUGCACUGUCACGGAGUCCGACUGUCUGCUCGAUAUCAACGUAACGAUUGAAGAGUUCGCCGUCAUUAAGGAGUGCUGCAUUGGCGAGGGUGCCAAGAUCUGUAAGGGCGCACGCUUGUCCAAAUGUGUGAUUCUGCCUUAUGCCGUUGUGGGUGAGAAGGCCGUUGUGACGGGCACCAUUGUGGGCCGACACAGCAAGAUCGGUCGGGAUAGUGUCCUCAAGGACUGCGAGGUUGAUAACGGCUUCGUGGUUCCGGAUGAUACUGAUGCGAAGGCUGAGAAGUUCAUGCACUUUGGUGGUCUGGAUGAUGAGGAGGAUGGCAUGGAUGUUUCUGGGGACUUUGAUGAUAACAGGUCCGACCUGGGCUUUUAG